AAAUAUGCAAAGGAAUCUAAAAGAGAUGUAAAGAGGGUAGUACAAACAAUCCUGUUUCAUCAUCAUAACAGAGCGUAGUGAUUGUUUGCUAUUUCUGAUAUCUAUGAAGAGUAAAGCCAUAACAGGGCAGGGAUUCCCGUGACACUUUAACCUGCAUAAAGAAAAAAAAUCAUGGCUUUGCAUCAUGAUCGGUUCCCCCACUCUCAACUCCUUUAACCCAACACCCAUUUCUCUUUUUGUCUGUCUCUCUUCCUCUCAUCCCAGAUUUCUCAUUAUAAUAAUCACACCCACAUAACCCUGAAACCCCCAUUGCAUUGCAUCUCUCUCUCUCUCUCUAGAGUUGUACUAGUAGACUUAUACUAUUGAUACAAGUUGGGGAGCAGGUGUAAGAGAAAAUGGCAGGAUCAGGUUCAUUUUUAAGGCAACUGAGUGGGAGGGAGGCUUGGAAAUCAACAUCAAACAGGUGGGGAGGGGGAGGGAAUAGGAAGCAGAGUGGGGGCGGGAGAGGUAAGAGUUGUUGUGAGGGAAGUUGGAAGCAGAUGGAAGGGCUUAACAUGUAUGGAAGUGAGAAUGGUGGGUUGGUGAUGAGGAAGAGAGUGAUGGUUGUGGUGGAUGACUCCUCACACUCCAAGCAAGCAAUGAUGUGGGCGCUCACACAUGUAGCCAACAAGAGUGAUUUCCUCACUCUCCUUCACAUCAUCCCUGCUUCCGGUAAUGGCUCUGAAACCGCAUCUGACUCCUCUUCUUCCUGUUCUCCUUACCUUGCCAACUCUCUUGGGUCUCUUUGCAAGGCUUGCAGACCUGAGGUGGAAGUAGAAGCACUGGUUAUUCAAGGGCCAAAACUGGCCACAGUGUUGAGUCAAGUGAAAAAGCUGGAAGUGACUGUGCUAGUGCUGGGACAGAAGAAGCCAUCUCCAAUUUUCAGCUGCUUACGCGGGACCAGCAGCACAGAGGAGUUUGUGGAGCAGUGCAUUAACAAUGCGGAGUGCUUGACUUUUGGAGUGAGGAAGCAGAGCAGAGGCAUGGGUGGCUACCUAAUCAGCAGCAGAUGGCAGAAGAACUUCUGGCUCUUGGCUUAGGCCUAGACUCCUCCUGGCUAUUAUGACUAAUAUAUACGGGAAGAUAAUUUCUAAUAUUAGCUUCUUAGCUUUACUCUCUGUAACUACCAAGUACUGACUAGAUCUCUCUAUGUAUUAAUCAAGUGAAAAUAAAAGCUCUACCUAUCUCUCUCCCAACAUUGACGACCACUCUUUUCGCCUCACUCUACUGGGUGGUGGGUAUGCCUUGGGGCUAUUGCAAAACAAUUUUACAAUAUGCCUAAUUCUUCAAAUUCUAAUCCUGUUUCUCCUUUUUA